AUGAAGCGUAUCCUCCUCGCCGCCCUUGCGGCGGCUUCGAUCCACGCGUCGCCGACGGACGUUGGCGCGCCAUUGGCGCAUGAUUCGCUGGCGCAAGAUGCGGCGAGCAUUCUCGAUGAUGACGUGGCAUCUUCUCCUCGUGUCUCGGUGCCUGGCGUCGUCGACAUCGACAAGGAGCUCGAGCGCUGCAGAGCGGAAGGCUACAGCAAUCUCAACGCGUACAUGGCGUCGGACGACAGUACAGUGGACCCCAAGCUUCUUCACCACUGCAACGAGGUCAAGUACCGCGAUGCGCUCCGGACGAGCGUCGCCGCGCCGCUGCCGUCGACGCACCACGUGCAUUUCUGGUCGUCAGCCAACGAAACCACGUACCAAGAUGUGUUCGAAAAGCACAUUUUGAUGUCGCACCCCAUCCGCUUACCCGGGACGCUCACCUUGUCACCCGCGCUCCUCACCUCGUGUUUUGGGACCCGCUCAGGGCUGCAGACGCCCGACGCGGCCUGCAUCGAUGCGCUCACGUCGUUUCGCGUGCCGCCAUGCAUCGUCAACGACUACAUGCAGCGUGUCGAUGCGAUCAAAGAGACGCUCUUGCCAGAUAUGGUGGCCGAGACGAAGGCGCCGCUGCACUGCCCCUUUGGGCUGCACAUGGUUGUCGCGGCGGUGACCGACGCCACGACCGUGUCGCUUCAAGUGCACGUGCCCAGCUACGACGAGUACACGUUUGCCUUGGACGUGUCGGCAGCGGACGAGACGGAGGUGCUGGAAGCCAGCAUCGACGCGCUCGGUAGCGUUGACGCAGAAAAGGCCGACGUGGUCCGUCUCGUGCGUGGCAACAUGGCGUUCAUUCCGAGUGGGUUCGCCGUCGCGGCAUCUGCACCGAUGCUUCGCUUUUGCUUUGCCGACGCGUCCAAUUUAAAUCGCGUCAAGAAGCAUCUCCGCGUCUCGGGGCUUGUCGACGCGAGAGCGCGCCGGCUUCUUAUGGGGCUGCAGGCCCCGACGUUUGACACGUCCAUGACGCGUCGUCCGUCACCGGCGUUGGCCACGUGGGCCAUGUACCGCACGUGGCCCAAGCCCGAACGCAUCGCGAAAGAAAGCGAUCAGGACAAGAACGAAGCCGUGUCGCGCAAGGAUCGGUACAAGAUGUGGCAGGACGACCGCAAGUGGGACAGUAUCAUCCAGGGCCUUACGCUUCCCGUGUCGCGGCCGCCUGUUGUCAUCAAAGACGCGGACACGGGGCGCACCGUCGUGCAUCUGACGUGGCAAGAUCUGCACCAGCCUCGAAAAGGGGAUGUGACCACCUACGGCUACGAAGUCCAUUGGCUUAGCGAGGCGGCGACACCCGGCGACGAUGCAUCCUCGGGCAUGGCCAACUUGACGCAAACCGAGUUGCUUCGCAGCGCGCUGCCGACAACCGCCUUUGGCGGCGACUUUGACGGCCGCGCCAUCACGGGCCUUGUCUCCAACUUGGCGGCCAACACCUCGUACACGUUUACCGUGCGGCUCUUUGUCGGGGCCGCGCUCGGCUUGCUCAGCGAACGGUCGCAGAGCAUUCGAACGAAACCUGCGUCCGUGCCGGCGCCCGUGCCGGGGCUUCCCGACACAAGUGCAUCGGACGCUGCCAACUGUGUAAAGCUCACAUGGCUGCCCGUUGUGGACGACGGCGGGCGGCCGAUUUUGGGCUACGCAAUCGCGGCGCGGCAUGCACCGACCACGAACAUAUCAUCGCAUCAUCUGCCGUUGAGCUGGCGGCCGUUCAACGACAGCAUGCAGUACGACGUCAUCACGAAUGACGCGCUUGUCGUCACCAAGCACGAGUUGUCGCUCCGUGUGAAAAACAUGACGGGCCAUCUCUGCAACCUUCGGGCCCAAUCGAGUUAUCAAUUCCAGGUCGCUGCAAUCAACGAGCUCGGUGCGAGUGGCUUUAGCGUCUGGUCCAACACGAUCGAGGUCGAGCCAAGCACGGACCACGACCGCCGAGAGGUCGUGCGCGGGCAAGGCGCCCCCCACUUUACAAGAACGUACGACCGAGCGUCUUUGCAGAUCGGCGCCGCAGCAAAGCCGUUAACACCGCCUUUGGCAACGGGCCCCGUCCUCGUAUUCUCCGAUGUCCUGCAGACGGUCGCGCCGUACCAGCUCGUCGGCCUCGUCAACCCUGUGCGCAAGCUCGAUGCCAACAACAAGGUGAUUUGGUCGACGUGGCGGGCCGAUGUGUGGUCGGGACAGCACAGCCUUAAAGCGUACGAUAUCAUCGCGGAAGCCGUACUGGCAGAUCCGAUCCUUGGCGAUGCCCCCUUGACCAACACCGAGGCUAUCCGCGACCGCAUUCUCGUCGUGCAUCGUGGCACCGUGCCCUUUUAUACCAAGGUGGCGCACGCACAAGCAGCCGGCGCCCUUGGCGUCCUCAUUCUCGACGUCGAGAACCAGUGUGCAAACGGCUUUGACCAGCACUGCAGUCCUGGCAGUCACUACGCAUCGGGCGACGGUGUCGGGGCCAAAGACGACCCAUUGUUGUGGACAAGCAACAUUCGCAUUCCAUAUGCCCUCGUCAAGUACGAGGAUGCGCUGCCGCUGCUCGACAAGAUUGCUGCGCUGCACAGCACCGGCGUCAACUAGCGUACGACAGCUAAAGGACACUUGCUAUUGCGCUAAAUCGUACCUUGCUCCCUGC